UGAGAAGGAGACACGAUUCAGACGCUGUCAGAUCAUCACGGCAAGACCGAGAAGCGUCAAAAGAUGCCCACGGGUAAUUGAGACGAGAUCUUGUAUAUAAGGAAGCCAAUGUUCACUCUCAUUUCAGCUCUUCACCCUCAUCAUCUUCUUUCACAUUCGUUCUACAACACCACAUUCAUUUACCAACAUCACACUCUUUUGAAUACUUCUUCAAGUCACUCUUUAACUCAAUCAACAUGCAAUUCUCCGCUGUCCUCAUCGCCAUCUUGGCCGCUGCUCCAGGUGUUCUCGCCGACCUUCACAGCUUCGCUUGGUGCUACGACACUAUCCCAGCCAAGAACUUCAAGGUCGGCCCAUCGACCAAAGAUAGAGAUGAUGUGACACAAAAGGCUUGCGCCCGCUACAGAGCACGCAACACCGGAACCAAGCAAUGGGAUACCUGCCCCGACUGCACCAUGGGCAUCAACGGUGAUUCAUCCAACGUCGUCUGCAGAUCCAACGGCAAGCACAUCGGCGGUGACGAGUGGGCCUACUACUGCAAGCAAGAGGGUGCCAACGCUGCCAGCGCAGCAUAG